AUGACAAGUGAAGAAUAUUCAGUUUUUAGUGUCGACGAAGUAUCCAAUAUAAUUAAAGAAGUCAUUGAAAGACUUAUCGGUAAUCAUGCAUAUCAACACGAUCAAGUUACUCGAUGGACAGCAGAUAUUGUUGAUCAAAUUCUAACGGAAUUAACUAAUUUAGGCAAACGAUUUAAAUAUAUUGUACAAGCCGUAAUAGUACCAAAGAAUGGAACUGGUUUACAUGCAGCCAGUUCUUGCUAUUGGAAUGAUAUAACUGAUGGGAGUUGUACACUUCGUUGGGAAAAUAAAUAUGUUCAUGCUGUUGUUUCUGUCUUUGGCUUGUCUAUUUAA